AUGUCAACUAUUGGAGGAGGAGGAGGGGGAGGUGCCUUUAGAGGCAACCAACGGCCUGGUAAUCAAGGGCGCUCUGGAACCCCCAGCUUCCCCUCCAACCCCUCCACUACCCCUGCACCCGCCAGUCCUGCCGCCGCUGCUCCCCAAUCUGAACUCUCAGGAAUGACUGAUAGUAGGAAAAGGCAGAGUAAAAGAGACGAGGCAAUACGCCGUAAGAUCGAAAAUGACCUCAACAAAAAGAAGCACACUGGCGCUCCCAGGUCUCGCCAAACCCGAAAGAUUGCUCCAGGCACAGUCAUGGCCCUACGCCCCUCCCAAGCGCUUCAAAUCAAGCCGAACACUACCGUAGCAGAGGCUGCUCAGAUUAUGGCCGCAAAGCGUGAAGAUUGCGUUCUUGUUACCGAUGAAGAAGAUAGAAUUGCCGGUAUCUUUACAGCAAAGGAUCUUGCAUUCCGUGUUGUCGGGCAAGGAAUCGACGCCCGAGAUGUUACUAUUGCUUCCAUUAUGACCAAGAAUCCACUUUGUGCGCGGACCGAUACAUCUGCGACAGAUGCUCUAGACCUUAUGGUUAGGAAAGGGUUCCGGCAUUUGCCAGUUAUGGAUGAAAAUGCGGAUAUUUCGGGUAUCCUGGAUAUCACAAAGUGCUUUUACGAAGCAAUGGAAAAACUCGAACGUGCUUAUGCUUCUUCAAGGAAGCUCUACGAUGCUCUCGAAGGUGUCCAGUCCGAGUUGGGAUCAUCUCAACCCCAGCAAAUUAUUCAUUAUGUUGAGGCCUUGAGACAGAAGAUGUCCGGCCCAAAUUUGGAAUCUGUAUUGGAUGGAAACCCGCCGACAGUUGUCAACGUCCGGACUACAGUCAGAGAAGCUGCUGCUUUGAUGAGAGAACAUCACACAACUGCGGUUUUGGUACAGGAUAAUGGAAACAUCACGGGUAUUUUUACUAGCAAAGAUGUGGUUUUGAGAGUUAUCGCUGCAGGCUUGGACCCAGGAAACUGUAGUGUUGUUAGGGUUAUGACACCGCACCCCGAUUUCGCACCAUUGGAUAUGAGUAUCCAAGCUGCCCUCAGGAAAAUGCAUGAUGGACAUUACUUGAACCUUCCGGUUAUGAACGACAGCGGCGAAAUCGUGGGCAUGGUUGAUGUCUUGAAAUUGACAUAUGCUACACUAGAGCAGAUAAACUCUAUGGGUACCGGCGACAGCGAAGGGCCUGCUUGGAACAAAUUUUGGCUUUCUCUUGAUAACGAUUCUGAAUCGGUCGUGUCCGACAGCACCAGGCACACAGCAUCCCGUAAUAAUAUUGGGGGGCCAUCAUCGCCCGUCACCGGACAUAGACAUGGUGCCAGCAGUAUGGAGCGUGGUUUAUCUAUGGAACGCGCUGAAAGCAGUGUUCUUUUCCCUACUGACUCUGCAUCCCAUCAUGGUGGUGAUUCCCCAGGGGGCUCUCAAAUGAUGCCCUUAGGUUCAAACCCUCUCGACACACCAUUCCCUUUUAAGUUCAAGGCACCAAGUGGGCGUAUCCACCGUGUCCAGGUUGCACCCAGCGGCGGUCUUGGAGAACUUCUAGGAGCUGUAGUAGAAAAACUCGGACAUGAGGUUAUUCAGGUCGGCGGAGAGCCAACCUUUGGCCCGGACGGAAAGCUCGAGGAACAAGGCUUUGCGAUGAGUUACGUUGAUAGCGAGGGGGAUGUUGUUUCGAUCACCUCCGACAGGGAUCUGGUAGAUGCGGUGGAUAUGGCCAGACAGGGAGGGAGGGACAAGGUUGAUCUCUAUGUUCACGAUCCAGACAAGCCGGCGGUCCCGGCAACCGUCGAGCCAAGGCCUGAGUCUGUGGCGCAUGCCACCCCCCCUAGGAAAAGAAAGGGCGGACGUAGGCGCCACGAUGAUAGUGAAGAAGACUCCGAUGUUGAGGGAAAUGUCCCAAUAAGCAGGAGGUCCCAUCAGCCAGCUCCGCAACCACUAAAGCCAGAACUUAUUCCUGGGGUUCCAAACGAUUUGAUCUUGCCUGGGGCCAUCGUCACCCUCGCUGUGGCUAUAGUUGCCGUUUUCGCGAUGUCACGAAAAUAA